UUGUCAUGCACGUCCACAUCCCUCGUCUGAAAACCCAUUCUCCGAUCUCCAGUCCACACACAUGGGCGACCGAUCGAGCUCUACCAUUUAUACCCACCACUCCUCGUCGAUCGGAUGAACGCCGGGGAAGAAACAGCUCGAUCCGUAGCUUAGCUGCAACACAUCGGUGAUCGUUCCAUGUGUGUGUGAUUAUUGAUCAGGGAGCAAUACAAUACAAUGCCUUGCUUGGCGCAAGAGUUCCACCCCAAGCUGCCGGCGGCCAGUCACUACUGCAAGUCCUUGUCGUCGCUCAUCCGGGAGACCUACGCGCACUGCCAUGUCCCCUGCGUCAGGACCCCCGCCGGCGCCGGGUGGAGCUCCGGCGAGGACAGCGACGACGACAACGUCCUCGACGAAGCGCAAGACACCAAACAGGUGAUCCUCCACGAGAUGAGGAGCCGGCAGAUGAAGAGGCGGUCCAGGUGCGGCGUGGACGUGGACUCGCCGACGCUGCCUCUGUCGUCGAGCUCUGCUUUCGCCUGGUCGUACACCCCGCUCGAUCCAAGAACCGUCCUCGACACGGUGUCAAGUCCCAAGACGUGCACGUGCGUCGUGGUGGAGGGAACGGCCGCGGAGGAGGAGCAGGAGGAGGAGGCAGCCGACGGGGGGGACUGCGACGCGGACGACGAGAGCGAGGCGUUCUUCUCCGUGAAGAGCUUCUUCACGCGCAGCACGAGCCGGGCGGCGACCGUGGCGUCGUCGGCGUGCAUGCUGACAGACCCGCCCCCGCCGACGCUGCGGUCGCCCGAGGCCUGGGAGCGCUUCCGGGACUGCGAGGGGUGGCCGUUCGGGCUGUGCCGUCGGCCGCGGCCGGCCGUCCUCCCGCUGCCGCCGCUGCCCAGCACGCCAGCCGACUCGUGGAAGUGGCGCAAGAGCGUCGGUAGCCUCGCCGCGAGCCCAGCUCCUGCUUACAGACACAAAAUCACUACUGCUGCUCCUGCUAGCAGUAAAUAACCGCGCGCCCGUUAACUAACAAAGAAGAAGCCCGAACCGUCCGUGUCGUCAGCAGCAGCGACGCUGCUGGGACGUGGCGACGACCUUUACAAGACUGCAGCUAGUAGCCUGCGUGCUUGAUGCUUGUUCGUCGUCUAGAAUGCGAGAGUUUUCCCCACAAAAUUCCUAUGAACAUAGAUUUUGCAUGCUUGUUCGAGGCGGCCUUCAUCUUCUGGAAGGGGGUUUUCAGGUGUACGUGUUCUGAAUAAUGAAGUCUAGUGUACUUUUCAGUUCUUGUGAGUUGGACGCUCUAGUUCUUUUGGUGCCUCUACUCAGAGUCAGAGAGCCCUCACUCGAUCUCCAUCGGUAGUUUCAAUGGGUGACAUUUCUAGUUCCAGUUCACAAUUUUACUCCACGUUUUUUCUUCCUA